UAGACGCCAAUCGCGACCAUUGCGUGACCGGCGGUGACAUCAGACAAGCGGUUGUGAUGUCCAACGGAUGGCUCUAUGACUUCACGGACGACCAGACCAUCGCAAACCUCGAGAACAUAUCCAAGAGAUGUCCAAACAUUAAGUGUCUUCAUAUGAGCCAUAGUGUCAUUGAUGUGAACUGUUUUCAAGUGUUGUUCCGUUUGUUUCCCGGUUUAGAGUGUCUUCACCUCAAGAGUAAUUAUGUGAAGGAAGUGCCAAAUCAGACGCCACUAGAAGUGUGGCAAUCGAUUGGCAAAGUGUUGGCGCCGGCCGUCAUCCACCUGUCCAUUGAUCCCCACUAUGAGUACCGCAUGAAGGAGUGCCACCUGAAGGCACUCAUCCAACCGCUCCAAUACCUGGAAGAGCUACGAGUGGGCACUCAUUUCGACCGCGAAGUUGUCGGACAUUUCAUCUCAUUUUUGCCCAAAAGAUGUAAAGUUUUCUACUCUUUAGGUCGGGAACUACUACUGGAAUCGUUGGGCCAUUUGAUGCGGAACCAGAGCCAAAGUCUGACACACCUGUCGUUCUUCACGAACUCAUUGCGAACGACAGAAGCGUUGACUAAAAUUGGACACAACUUCAAGAAUUUGGUGAAACUUAAGAUCAAUUUGUCGUUCAAUGAGAUAAUCCUGACGUCUUCGUCGCCCAUCUCCGAGUUGAAGCAAUUGCUCGAGUUUUCGGUCGACUUAAACACAUUCAGCGACUCUCACGUCGACGACGGCCUCAUUUGGUGCAUCAAAGACGGUCUGCCGUCCGUUAAGGUGUUGGAGGUGUCGCGCGCCUGUCUGUCCACCCGUGCCUUCAAUGCCAUCAACUAUUGUUUACCACAACUCAACAAAUUGCUUCUCAAGACCAUUGAAAUCCAAUGCGUUUGCGACUCCAUUGAGGGCCGCGACCGGACUGAGCGCUACAACUGCACGGCCUGUAAGCAGAGGUGUUGGCAAUCGGUCGCCAAUUUCGGUCAACUCCGAGAACUUCAUUGUCUCAGCUAUUACUUCAGGAGCGAUAGG